AUGUUCAGCAUGCAGGUAAUUUUCACUGGACCUGGACUCUUAGAGUCUUCAUACAGAGUGCAACUGGUGAGAGGGCCCCACCGCUGUGAAGGGCGCGUGGAGGUGGAGCAGAACGGUCAGUGGGGCACCGUGUGUGAUGAUGGCUGGGACCUGGAGGAUGUGGCUGUGGUGUGUCGGGAGCUGGGCUGUGGAGCGGCUAAGGGAACACCCAGCGGUUUUAUAUAUAAGCCACAGGCAGAAGAAACCCAGAACAUCUUCAUUCAAGAUGUCAACUGCAAUGGGAGGGAAGAUACACUGGCUCAGUGUGAGAAAGAAGACUCUGAUUACGGGAGUUGUAGCCAUAAAGAAGAUGCAGGAGCAUCAUGUGAGCGUAAGUGUGUUCCAGAGACUGUGCGGUUGACUGAUGGCCUUGGACGCUGCAUGGGUCGAGUGGAGGUGAAGUACCAGGGCCAGUGGAGCUCCGUGUGCAAAGCAGGAUGGAACCUCCAGGAGGCCAAGGUAGUGUGCCGACAGCUGGGAUGUGGACGGGCCAUUUUGACCCGUGGAUGCUGUGACAGAGCUACUCAAGGCCGAGGACCCAUCUGGCCAAACAGAGUAUUAUGCUCAGGAAAAGAGCUAACCCUUGAAGACUGCCUUUCCAUACCUCAGGAGGAGAACUGCACCCAUACUGAAGACACUUGGGUGCAGUGUGAAGAUCCUUUUCAGCUCAGGCUAGAAGGAGGAGAUAGCCACUGCUCUGGGAGACUGGCUGUGCUACAUGACGGAAUAUGGGGCUCUGUCUGUGAUGAUGGCUGGGGAAGAAAGGAGGAUCAGGUGGUAUGCAAGCAAUUGGGCUGUGGGGAGCCUUUCUCUCAACCCCUCAAUACCAGGAAACGCUUUGGUCCUGGGGCUGGCCGCAUCUGGCUGGAUGAUGUUCGUUGCUCAGGAAGAGAACAGUCCCUGGAUCAGUGCAGACACAGGUUCUGGGGAUAUCACGACUGCACUCACAAGGAAGAUGUGGCCAUCAUUUGCUCAGAACUCCCAUACCUGCCAUUUUGGCACGAUGUGCAGGUCAUUCCCAAGACAAGAUCUAUGUUUGUAAAGAAGUUGGAAGGAAUAAAACAAUUAAAAAAGUAUGAGUAG